AUGCCCGACGAUCAGCAUGAUCCGCCGGCGCGCCUCUUCGAGCGACUCCGCCAGAUUGCCGGCUACACCUGGGACGACAGUCAUCCGCCGUUCCAUACAACCUAUGAAAUCUGGGAUGUCGUCGGCACCAAGUUCGUGUCGCCCUUCUCCCCGCCCACGACAUAUCCCGUCUCGAGCCCUGGGUCUGCGGCGAGGCUCCAGUCCGGCCGCCCGUCGCCCUCUGAGCAUUACAGCUCCCCCAGCAUCAUCGGCGCCGAGACCCAGGCCGACGCCAGCAAAGACCCCUCGCUCUCGCCCGCAUCGCCUCCCAUGCCGACUUCGAACCCCGAUACCCUCUACCCCGAAGAACCCGUUAUUGCACGCAUAUCCUACCAUGUCCUCCGCGAAGAGAGAACCUUCCACAUUACCAAGCACCUCAUCACAUCCGUUGACCCCCACGGAGAGCAUAUCGUCAAGCCGAUAGACCUCGUCCGCCUGACGCCGCAGCCCGGAGACCGCGGGUCCAUCAUUGUGGCCAUCUACCAGCACCCCGGACGCAAUGCCAUAUUCGACUUGAUAGACGUCGGCCCGGCCUUUUACAGCACGCGCAAGGUCAACGACCAUUGGGAGGCGUACAGAAAGGAGGUCUUUAGUCUCAACCCGCCAAUAGGCGUGCCCGAGUUUCUGCGCUUCGCCAUUGGCGCCGCGCAGUGUCUGGAGAUACUGCACUAUGGCCAAGGCGCCACGCACGGCGAGAUCAGGCCCGACGCCUUCCACUACAAUAUCGAGACGCACCGCGUCAAGCUCGCCGCCAUCGGUACGGGCACCAGGUCCUUCGAGAACAGACUGCAGAGCUCGGCGUGGUCAAACCUGUCCAAGGAGCUCGGGGCGAAGAACAAGCUGCUGUACAUCAGUCCCGAGCAGACCGGACGCAUGCCCGCCGAGCCCGACAGCAGGACAGACAUUUACUCUUUGGGUGUCGUCCUGUGGACAAUGCUGACGCAACACCCCGUCUUUGAUGGUGAUACGCCUCUAGAUAUCGUCCACUCUGUGCUCAAGGGAAGCAUACCCCGACUGUCGAAAGUGAGGGAAGACCUUCCGUCUGUGAUCGGCCGCAUCAUCGAAAAGUGUACGGCCAUGCGCGUGGCCGAUCGCUACCAUUCGGCGAGCGGUCUACGCCACGAUCUCGUCAAGGUCCAGGAGUUUCUGGAAAAGGGAGACUGGCUGGCCCUCGAAAAGUGGACCAUUGGUGAGAAGGAUAUCUCCUCCUUCUUCAUCCUCCCGACCAUGAUGAUCGGGCGAUCCAAAGAGAGGAACGAACUGCUCAAGGUCAUCGACCGAUCUGCCAAGAGCCACGCCAUGAGCCAAAAGGUCGCCAGCAAUCGAUUUUCAGACGGGUCCAACCUCUCCAACGACAUUUUGGACGCGGCCGACGCCUCGAGCGAAGGAGCCAGUUCCGCCGAUGGCACGGCCCGCCGCAGCGGCUCCUUCACCCAAACUACCUCCUCAGACCCUAGGCAGGUCAGGGCUAGUUUUGUGCCGUCGGUGCUCUCUGACAGCCAGACCAUCUCGGGUGAGACGGUUGCCUCGACCAACAGUGGUCCUCUGGCCCGAAUGGCAAGACCCUGGGAACGCAACUCCUCCGUGUCUGUCGAGACGCGAAGCCUGGCGGACAGCAUGGGGACCAGUGAUAUGAACCGGCAAAGCGUGGCCGACUCUACAGCCUCGAGCUUGUCCCGCCAACUCGGAUCGGCCAAGUUUAGGCGCCGCGGACAUUGCGAGAUCAUUACCAUCGAAGGUGUUGCCGGCCUGGGCAAGAGCUUUCUCUUCCAGUCUGUCUUUGCAGAGGCCAGAAAGCGGGGCUACUACGUCUCUGCCAAGUUUGACAACGCAAGGAGACAGGCCUUCGGCCCUUUGCUCAAGUUGCUAUCCUCGCUCUUCCGACAAGUAUUUGGCGAGAAACACACAGACACGCCUUUCCACCAUGCGUUGAAACACUACAUACGCCCUGUCUGGCCGAUGCUUGCCAAAGCAUUAGGCCUCCCUGAACAUCUUCUCGGCACCAUUGAUAACUCAACUGCGCGAUCGCCACCGACCUUCCAGGGGUCUCGCAACAUGAGAAACAGCAUGAAGCAGGGGCUGUCUCCUGACGCUUCACCCGGCCUGCAGCCCAAGAACCCGGGCAUACCGCUGCAAAGCUCCCAGGAUUUCCUGCGAGCAGGCACAUCUACGAAGAACACGAGGCUGAUGAACACGUUCUUGGACGUGCUGCGCAUGAUCACGGCCAAUAAGUUUAUCAUCAGCGCAAGGAUGAGGAUGGUCAUUAUUGUGACGUACCGGCCGGAUGAAAUGACGCCUGACGAGGUUCAUUCCAUUGUCAACUCUACAGAACCCGACGGCAAGUCCAAAUAUUGUGAUCAUGCAGCGGACAACCACUCAUGCUCUACAGACUUUUCGCGCACAGGGAGGCCGACAAUCACCCGGAUCGCGCUGGCGCCCCUCAGCGAGAUCGACAUUGUGCACUAUGUUGCUGCCACGUUGUGUCGACCCAAAGAGGACAUUUUGCCAUUGGCCCUAGUCAUCCAGUCCAAGACUGCUGGCAACCCAUUCUACAUCAGGGAGAUGCUCAGCGCAUGCUACCGCAAUAAGAGCAUCUGGUACGAAUACAAGGACAGCAACUGGCACUUUGAUCUUGACCGGCUCUUCGAUCAGUUCCAGACGGAGGGAUACGAUGUUCUCGAUACGGCUUUCAUCACUCAGCGUCUGAAAGAGCUCCCGCCAUCGGCGCGUGCAAUUUUGGCCUGGGCUGCGCUUCUCGGCUACUCCUUCUCUUUUGAGCUCGUCAGUCGUCUCUUGACGGGCGAGUUCCAAUACACGGACGAUGUUGCUUGUGUUGAUCCCAACGCCGAAGAGGUGAACACAAAAUACUCAAACGAUGAAGUCAUCGCUGGCCUCCAGGCUGCCGUCAACGCGUGUAUUCUGAUGCCUGGCGAGACGGAUGACCGGUUCCGUUUUGCCCAUGACCGCUACAUCCAGGCCUCGGCCGCGCUCAAGGAAUGUAACGCCCGCAAAAUGCGCUUCAUCAUCGCCCAAACUCUCAUGAAGUACUACUCAACGGAUGCUCGGGCGAGAGAUACUGCUUCGUUACACAUUUGCGAGUCCGCCGAGCUGAUCAAACGGCGAGUGAGGAUCCGCGAACCCUUUCGCACGCUGCUCCUCGAGUGCGCCGCAACGGCAACAGAGAACGAGGCACGGCCGACGGCUGCCAAGUAUUAUGCGACGGCCUUGGACCUCCUCCAACAGAAUCCCUGGACCGAUGGCCUCGAGGACGUGUCUUACGACGAAACCCUACAGAUACACCUGCGAGCGGCUGAGUGCAGUUUGUACAUGAAUCAAGAAGAAGAGGCGAGCCGUCUUCUCUCUAUCCUGUUUGAGAAGGGACGCACGGCGAUCGACAAGGCACCCGCGUACGUGCUGCAAUCACGGAUUCACACCCAGGCUGGGGAUGUGGCCGCAGCGUGCGACUCGCUGGAGAAGUGUUUGCGCCUCAUGAAUGUCAGGCUAGAGGAACACCCGACGUACGAACGCUGUGACCGAGAAUUUGAACGCCUGGCGAUCAAGAUUCAGACGAUGGACAAGACGGAACUGAUGCAACCGGCCGUGUCACCGGACCCAACCUUACCCUCGAUCGCCGCCGUCAUGGCUGAGACGUUGAGCUCGGCAUGGUGGAGCAACUCACUCCGGUUCUACAGCAUCACCCUCGCCAUGCUGGAUCUGCACUUGACUUCUGGCGCAUUUCCGCAGUCUGGGCUGGUCUUUCUCUACUUUGGCAUCAUCGCUCUCUCCCGCUUCAACCUCGUUAAAUUGGCUGUGGAGGCUGGUGAUGUCUGCAUCGAAAUGCUCGAUCGAUUCCGAGAUCCCUUCUCCAUGGCGAGAGGCUACAUGGUCUAUGCCAUCUUCAUCGGCCACGUGCAGUUCCCCGUCAGCGUGGCCUUGACACACCUGGAAGGCUCUGUCGAGUAUGCUGCGACCGCCGGAGAUCGCAUAUCGUCAAUCAUGAGCGCUGGCUUGUCUGCGAUGCUCAAGUUUUACGCUAGCGAAAACCUUGCUGAUGUCGAGGCAUUCGCCCAGUAUGCCUGCGAAGACGUUCAGGGUUGGAAGGACGACACCCGGGGCGGCACUCUGCUCAUCGCCGUUCGGCAGCUCUGUCGUGCCAUGCAGGGCAAGACAAGAACCAGGGACGCACAGCACGUGUUGAGCGACAAUGUUUUCAAUACCCUCCAAUACAAGUCGCGGCUCGACACGAAAAUUCUGAAGGGAAACCGCUCCAUCUUGUUCUUCGAAACGUUGGAGAUAAUUCCGCUUUUCCUCUUUGGCCACUAUGACCGCGCGAUCGAGAUUGGGGCAGCCUGUUACGAGAACAUCGAUAUCAUGUGGUCUGCCCGCAACAGUCGCCACCUUAUAUUCUUCUACGGACUGUCCCUUGCUGGCCGGAUGCUACAUCGUCUCGACGACCCGCGGUUCAACCCAGACAGCCUCGAGGCGGAGAAGCAAGAAUGCAUCCAAACACUGCGCGAGUUUACGAGAAAGAUCAAAGAGUGGUCCACGUACAACGAUGUCAACUACGCUUCGUGGUACAAGAUUCUCGAUGCUCAGAUUUGCGAGCUCAGCAAGGACUAUGGCGGCGCAAUCAUGCUUUACGAAGAGGCAUUGGAUCAUGCCGAGGAGCACAAUCACACCUUUGACGAGGCGUUGGGUAACUAUCUCAUGGCCGGUGUGUUUGUCGGGAGGAAAGCGAGGCGGUCUGCCCCGGGCGGCUAUGAGGGACUCUGCCGCGCUACGGACUUUUCAUCAGACGCUCCUCCACCGCACUUCCGUGCCAUGGAUGGCGAGGAGAGCGAGGAUUUACCACUGGCUCCAAGCAGCGCGCUGGUCGAUCUGAAGGGUGAACGGAUCGGUGCCUGGCGUGGCUCCGUUCACCUCCAAGCUGGUGCCGGGGCCGGUCUGCCUGCGCUCGAUAUGAUUGACCUGCACGCGAUCCUGCUGUCGUCUCAGGUCAUCUCGGCCGUUCUCAACGUCGACCAGCUUCUCGAGACAAUGUGCGACGUCAUCUUACAGACCUGCGGUGGCACGGCCACACUCGCCGCCAUUAUCGUCCGCGAUGCGCAGGGAUGGUGUCUCGCGGCUAGCGGAGAUCCUGAGCGGGGAGCAAAAGCCCCUGAGAGCCGCGAGUUGCUCUCGCACACGUCGCUCGUCGCAGAGAACGUCAUUCUCUACUGCACGCGGUUCCGGGAGACAUUGUUCAUUCCGGAUAUCCUCAACGACGAGCGGUUUGGCAACGUCAACGAAGCGUGGCUCCAGCGCAACGUCUUGAGUAAAGCCAUCAUUGCGAUACCCAUCUCCCGCGGAGCCGGCAACGACGGGCUGCUCGGCGUCCUCUACCUUGAAGGUGAGCCAGGGUCGUUUACCGAUCGCAAUGUGUCAGUGCUGCAACUGCUCGUCAACCAGAUCGGCAUCAGUUACUCCAACUCGCUGGCCAUGAAGGCCGUGGAGAAGGUGUCCAAGGAGAACGAGUCGAACGUGCGGGCGCUCAAGAGCACGGUGGAUCAGGCGCGAGAAGCCGAGGCCAAGGCCAAGGCGGCCGAGGCGGAAGCGAAACGCAACGUCAAGCUGGCCGAAGAGGCAGCGAGGGCCAAAUCAAUCUUCCUGGCCAACGUAUCCCACGAACUGCGGACGCCUCUCAACGGCGUCAUUGGCAACUCGGAGUUGCUGCGCGACAGCAGUCUCAACAGGGAGCAGCUGGACAUGGCGGACUCGAUCCGGGUGUCCGCCGAUCUGUUGCUCACGGUCAUCAACGACAUUCUCGAUUUCUCGAGAAUGGAGGCCGACAAGAUGAAACUGUAUGUCAUCGCCUUCAACCCGGAGGAGAUGGUGCGUGAGGUCGUGCGUGCAGUGUCGUACAGCAACAGGCAGAAGACACAGAGGAAGAAUGUCACGAUUACCAAGGAUAUCAACCUUCCCCCGAUGCUCAUUUACGGCGACCCCAUUCGGCUGCACCAGGUGCUUGGGAAUCUCAUCAACAACAGCCUCAAGUUUACAGAGAAUGGCUCCAUCACGAUCGGGGCGCAGGUCGAUUACGAUUCGAACGAGAAGGCCGUGCUUACCUUCAAGGUCCAAGACACCGGCAUCGGGAUUCCACAGCAGCAGCUCGAGAAGCUGUUCCAGCCAUUUUCGCAGGCGGACGCCAGUACAGCAAGAAAGUACGGCGGCAGUGGUCUCGGACUCAGCAUCUGCAAAUCUCUGAUCGAGACCAUGAUGAAGGGCAAGAUUCACCUGGAGAGCCAAGAGGGCGUCGGCACGAUGGCUUGGUUCACCGUGACUUUUGACAAGGCCACGCCGGACGUCAAUGCAGGCGACGCGCAAACGGUCAAGUCGCCGCCCAUCGCCGACCGUUUCACGAUACCCGCGACUCCGCUCAACGAGCUGGCGCCGAACCCGUUCAUCCACCUGACGACCAUACCGAAGGAUCAGAUCCGAAUCUGCAUCGCCGAGGACAACCUGAUCAACCAGAACAUCGCCAUGAAGUUCUCGCGACGCCUGGGCUACACGACGGUGGACGCGUACGAGAACGGGCAAAAGGCACUCGAAGCGCUGAGAAAAAAGGCGCAGGAAGGACAGCCAUAUCACGUUGUGCUCAUGGACGUGCAGAUGCCUGUGCUCGAUGGCUAUGAAGCGACCAAGGCAAUCCGCAGCGAGCCCUUGGAGGCGGUGAACAAGGUCCUGAUCAUCGCCAUGACGGCAUCGGCGAUUCAGGGUGAUCGGGAGAAGUGCCUGGCGGCCGGCAUGAACGAUUACAUCGCGAAACCCGUCCGGGUCGACGUCUUGGGCCGAAAGCUGGACAACUAUAUCAUGCCGCACACCGCGGCAACGGGACCCGGCAGCAACACACCCGUGAGGCCAUCCCCGGCAUCUGGCGCCUUCGCGCCGCCACCUAGAUCGGCGGCGGUGCCCGCGUCCGCGUCCCAGACCCCGCCUUCUUCGCGCACAACGCCAAGCCCGCCCGCGUAUCCCAGCUUCGAGGGCAACGGCGUGGCCGCCAGCGCGCCUAUUCCCAUUCGCGACAACCCCGCCUACAGCCGCCCGUCCGUUGAGCCGCUGGCGCCAAGCCAACGAUCGAGCGAGACGCGGCUGUCGGACGCAACCGACGCGCCGUCGGUGACGCCUUCGCAGAAGCGGCUGACCAAGAAACUCACCAAGAGUCGCACGAGCAGCGAGACGAACAUGAUUUCGCCGCUGCCGCCACCGCCACCACCAACACAGACGCCAGAGAAACCAGAGAAGACCAAAGGCGUGCUCACGAAGCGGCCGCCGCAACGGCAGGGGACGACGUCUUCGGCAGACGGUGUGGAGAAUGUACCGCUCGACGCUGCUCAGCGGAACAGCGCAAGCUCGAGCCGGGACCGGUUUUUCAUGGGCUGA